AUGUAUGGAAACUGGUGCGGGCCCCACCACGGGUUUGAGGACGGCGCGCAGCCGCCGAUCGACGCGCUGGACGCCUGUUGCCAGGCUCAUGACCAGUGCUACGUGGACAAGGGCUACUUUGACUGCUCAUGCGACGACACGAUCGCCGCCUGCCUGGCGAGGGUGUCCGUCCCCGCCGGCUUCACCUACAACGAGCAGCGCCUGUUCAAGGGCGCAGCAAUGAUGUACUUCCAGAACUCGCUCUGCCGUUCCGACGGCCAGUGGGUGCUCGAGCACGCUUUCCAGAAGCUAAGGCGCAAGCUGUGA